AUGAUAAACCCUAGCGGACGGUCUUCGCCCAGCGACCGCGGGGAAUCGUACGAACGGGAUGCAGAAGAACCCCCUGACAUUGAUAACCCCGGCUUCGACUUGCUCGAUCGCUACGCCCUCAACGGGAACCCCGACGACCUCGAGCUGGCGAUCAGCCACCUCUCCUCCGGCCUCGCAAGGGUGCUGCCGCACGACCGCAACAACCUCAGGCUCUUCCAGAAAGACCUCGCCCUCGCGUACCGCAUGCGAUUCCGGCGAGGCGGCGACGUGGCGGACAUCGACAAGACGCUGGAGUACCACCAGCGCGCGCUGGAAAACACGCCCGAGGACCACCCCGACUUUGCGCGGUGGGUGUACCACCUCGGGACCGCUCGCCAGCUGCGCCACGAGCGGACGCGCGAUCGCGACGACCUCGAGCGGGUGCUUGCGUGCUACCAGAAGGCCAUCCGGCACGCGCCUCCUGACUACGACAACAUUUCCGAGUGGUAUAAUAGUCUCGGGCAGGCGCAUUUUAUGCGAUACGAUGCGGUCCAGGACACCGAGGAUUUGGAGGCUGGCUUGCGCUGUCAUCAGGAUGCGGUCGAGAGGUGUCCAGGCGAUCAUCCCGACCAUCCUCUCUGGUUGCACUUCCUCGCAAUCGCUUGCAGGAGAUCUUAUGGCGCGCGACGCAAUCUUCGGGAUAUAGAUAUGGCCAUCGAGUAUGCCCGAUGUGCAAGGGAAGAGUUGUUGGAUGAUUCUUUGGAUCUGCCACUAUAUGAAGCUGAUACGGACCUUGCCGAUGCCUACAUGGCGAGGUACAAGGAGUCUGGAGAUAUCAAAGAUCUCAACAGUGCUGUUGAAUGUUACCAGAAAGCUUUUGAUGAAGUUCCAAAAGACAAUGAUGAACUGCCUACAAUUGCUGAGAAUGCUGGCCUGGCUUAUGCCCAAGUCUAUGAAAGGUUUGGCAGGGCUGAAGAUCUAGCAAAUUCAUUGAAGAUUCUUCAUGUAGCAAUGGACAACAUACCUGAAGAUCAUAUGCCUCAUUGGCACUCUUGCCUUGGGGGUGUAUAUGCCAGUAGCUAUCACAAAACUGGGAAUAUCCAAGACCUACAGUCAAGUACUAACCAUCACAAGGAGGCAGUAGACAACACACCAUGUGAUGAUCCUGAUUAUCCUAGCUGGAAAUACAACUUAGCUGCUUGCUCUCAGCUGCGAUUUGAUAGGCUGGGAGACUUGGAUGAUCUGGAUGCCACAUUUCUGCAUCUAAAAGAAGGCCUGGACAAAGCCAAUGCAAAGCAGCCCAUAUUUUCCAAACCUCAAGCUAGCCUUGCUCAGGCAUAUCUGGCAAAAUAUCAAAGAUGGGGUGAUCCCAAGGAUAUUGAGAAAGCCCUGGAGUUAAACCAACAAGUUAUCACUGACUCACCCCUGGAAGGUCCUGAAUUGUACUCCUGUGUGUCCAUGAUUACUGCAGCCUAUAGGCAUAAGUAUGGGAGAGAAGGAGAUGUCCAGUAUCUGCAGCUUGCAGCAGAACACAGCAAAAAAGUGAUGGAUGUCAUCCAACAAGGAGAUACAAACUUGGCAAGAUAUCAAUAUGACUAUGGAAUCACCUUGCAAUAUCUAUAUGAAAGGACUGGUAUUCUGGAAGAUAUCAAUAUAGCUUUGCAGAUCACUCAGCAAGCCAUUGCUAACACUUCAACUGAUGAUCCUGACAUGCCUCUUUGGGUCAAUGGCCUUGGUAUUUCAUACCAGCACAGAUAUGAUAGGCUUGGCCAGCUGCAUGAUCUAGAAGAGGCAGUUGCUUGUCACAAGAGAGCUGUGGAGCUGCUGCCCAACAACCAUGUAGACCUCCCAGCAAUGGAGAAUAGUCUUGGGAUCGCAUAUGGUGAAAGAUAUGAUAGGCUCAAGAACCCUGAAGACCUGGAACUCGCAAUCUUCUACAAGCAGAAGGCAGUCGACAGGACCCCCAAAGAACAUUCAGAGCUGUGCAAUUUUGAGAAUAAUCUUGGAUUUGCCUAUCAAGAACGGUAUAAGCACAGCCAUGAUUUGAACGAUCUGGACACAGCCAUUUCAUACUACCAAAGGGCUUUGGAACAUACACCAGAGGGCCAUCGGGACUCAUUUGCAUGGCAUAAUUCAAUGGCUACAGCUUAUCACAACAAGUAUGACCAUCUUGGUGACCAGGAUCUAUUGGACAAGGCAAUUUGCCAUGCCUCUCUGGCAUUGGAAGGUGUGGCACUGCAUCCCCCAGACUGUGCUCAGUGGGAAUAUGAUCUCGCAUCCAUUUAUCAAUCUUCCUAUGAUUCACAGAUGAAUGUGGCUCACCUGGACCUAGCACUCGAGCGCUUUGCAAAAGGAUCCGAUUCCUACCAGAGUACAGCAUUUAGUAGAUUCCGGAGUGCGGUGGAAGGGGCCAAGCUUGCACAUAAGGUCAAUCGAAUACCGAAUGCGCAGGAAGCUUACAGCAAAGCCUUUGACCUUCUACCUCAAGUUAUCUGGCUCGGCGUGAAUUUCUCUGACAGACAACAUGCCCUCUCGUACGCGUCCGAGCUUGCACUUGAUGCCGCCGCGUGCUAUGUAACAGCGGGUGCUCCAGAGAGGGCCGUUGAAUUGCUUGAGCAGGGAAGAUCGAUUCUGAUCUCUCAACUCCUCAAUCUCCGGACCGACCUGGACAUGAUUGAAGAUAUCCAACCGGAUCUCGCGAGAGAGCUCCGUGCCGUGUCGAAUCAAUUGCAGACCCAUCCGACUGAAGAUUUUGAUGAUCAAAAUGAAGAGCUUGCCGACAAGCCAGGGCAGCAGCCGCACCGCCGCAAUACAUCCUCAAUGAGGAUGCAGCUGGCAGAGAGAUGGGAGAUGUUGGUCGCGUCGGUCCGGAAGAGACCAGGCCUGGAGCACUUCUUGGGGCCCCAACCAUUCUCCUCCCUGAAACAAUGCGCGAAGAAAGGCGUAGCGGUCAUAUUAAAUUGCAGCCAAUUCAGAUGUGACGCACUGAUAAUUCUACCCAACGCUACCAGUGUCCACGUGGUUCCUCUGGAGUCCGUCUCGCAGCAGAAGGUAGCAAAGCUAAGAGUCAAUCUAGGAGAAUGGACGGGUGCCUUCCGUAGUCGGGACAUCAACAGUGAUUCCAACCGCCAUAUACGGAGACACGCAGUGAAUAAGACAUUCGGCGAGCUUCUUGAAGAGCUGUUCUCGGCGGUGGUCCAACCAGUCUUCAAUCAACUAGAGUCUCUGAAGAUAGAGAGAGAACACAGACGUAUCUGGUGGUGUCCUACCGGGGCAUUCAGCAGCCUUCCCUUCCACGCAGCGGCGCUCCAUGGCGAGAUGAAGAGGGAGGCCAUCCCGCACUACAUUUCAUCCUAUAUUCCCACUUUACAUUCACUCUGCAAAGCGCAGGACGAUUUCCAGACAAGCGGCGCGCGGGAAAAUUCAAAGAUCCUCGUCGUCUCCGUUCCGGACAUAGCAGGAAAGCCCGAGCUUUCUCUGCCCUAUACCAGAUCAGAAGUCACCGUCAUUCGGAACGUGACGAACGGGGAAUUCAGAGUGGACCUUACAGGCGCCGAAGUAUCCAACCAGCCUCUUAUCGAUAUAUUGCCUCAAUGUUACUGGGCACACUUUGCCUGUCAUGGAGUGCAGGACGACACGGACCCGCUCAAAAGCGGCCUUAUAAUGGCAGACGGGGGCAGGUUGCAGCUCUCGGAGCUGUUGCGUCUAGACCUGCCGAAAGCAUCUUUCGCAUUCCUAUCAGCUUGUCAGACAGCCCUAGGCGAUCGGAAGCUUACUGACGAGGCCUUGCACCUGGCCGGCGGGAUGCUUUUCGCAGGCUUCAAGAGCGCCAUAGCUACGCUUUGGUCUAUCAGUGACGCUGACGGGCCGAGGGUUGCCAGAGACGUGUAUGAUUAUUGCUGCGACGCGGACGGUAUGCCGGAUCCGUCCAAGACAGCGGAAGGCCUGCACCGCGCAGUCGUCAACCUACGAAACUCUGGUGUUGCCAUGAGUCGAUGGGUACCGUUCAUCCAUAUGGGAAUGUAG